AUGGCUCCCUGGGAGUCUGUUCCCUCCGCGCGUGAAGUUGUAGCACAGCUCCAGGACAUGCUGGCCGCGCACGGCCAUCGUGCGGCCCACUGGCACGGGCACUCCUUCGGAUGUGUCGUCAUCGGUUGGGUCAUGAAGAUGUCACCGAGUUCUGUGGUCUAUGCGACUUUGAUGGAGCCCGCACAGUUUUUGGUCAUCAAGGCAGAAGCCCUCACAAAGGUUCUUUGGGGCCAUGCCGCGACUUCUUUCGAGAUAUUGAUCCGGUACUUUGCAUUCCGCGAGCUUUUCACGGUGAACCUCCUUUGCCGGAAUUUCUUCUGGGAGCAAAGUUCUAUGUGGCCUGAGGACCUGCAGCUUGUCCUUUGCGCUUUGGAUGUCCAGCCCGAUUUUUGCAGAGGGCAUCUCUUUGCAGGUGCUGUGCCGUACCCAGCCUUGAGCUCGAACUCGAAUUUCCUGCGGCGAUUGGGGCCGAAUGUUGUGUGA